CGCCCCCGAUACGACGGCUAUGACACCGGCUUUUGUUUUCCGCCCGAUAUCAUAACCUAGAAAAAUAUUUUUCCACGUAUUUUCCCUAAGUAACAUGUUAAAGAUGUGACCUGUUAGAUGAUAUUUAAUUGGUAAUGCAGAGAUGGAAAUUUAAGAUGUAAAAUAUUUCCUAUCCAACUACAGAACCCGAAUAGCAUGAGACUAAGAAAACGAAGAAGGGCACAGGUCAGCGGAUGGAAAGCGAUCAGAAGAUGCGUGAUUUUCUUCACUGCCGUGUGCGUAAUACCGGUGCUGCUGGUCCUGAUGGUCGCAACAGAUCACUACAUGCGUCCCGUGCAACAUUCUACGUUUCUAAGACACCAGUUGGACCUCAACGACAGACUUUUGAGUGAUUCUUUGUCAUAUUCGCAUAACAUGACAAUGGUGGGACAACGACUAGAAAGAAGGAGGAAACACAUGAAAAAAUAUUGUAAACUAUUGGGGCUGGACCGCCCUGGCAACGACACACUUCACAGGCCUAAUCCCUGGGAGUUCCUGGUAGACAAUAAACAUCACUUGGUGUGGUGCAACGUUUUUAAAGCGGCCAGCACCUCAUGGAUGUACAACUUCAAUAUAUUGGCGGGUUACAAACCGAAAUUUUUAAAGAAGAGCAAAUUAGUGCCGAUGACUUUGGCACGCCAAAAAUAUCCCAGACCGUCUCUGCAAGGUCUACGCGAAGCGUUCAACAACUCAGUGUCCUUUCUAAUAGCCCGGCAUCCCUUGGAGAGGCUUCUGUCGGCCUACAGGGACAAAUUGCAGUUCGCGUUGCCGCAUACGCAUCACAAGAAAUUGGGGAAUGAGAUCGUGGCGAAAUACAGAAACAAGCUAAGGAACAAGGAGGAUCGUGGAAAACCGCAGCAACGCUGGCCAUCAUUCCCCGAGUUCGUCGAGUACCUUGUCGACUCGGUGAAAAAUGGGGAACGACUAGAUAUGCAUUGGACACCAAUAACCGAAUUUUGCACUCCGUGCAUGUUCAACUUUCAAAUAAUCGCUCAUACGGAAACGCUGCAGGAAGACCAGACUUAUUUAAUUAAGAAAUCAAAACUGGAACAUCUUAUUGAGCCGCAAUGGAAGAACGCUGGAAGGGGCACCACUUCGGUGCAGAUUAGUAAAUAUUACUCGCAGCUCACCAGAUCUCAAAUACUACAGUUAUAUCAUAUUUAUAGGUAUGACUUUGAGUUGUUCAACUAUUCGCUGAAUGGCUAUUUAGAAUUAGGGCAGCAGGACAAAGACCCAUCCACUCUGUUGGCAGCAAUCACUCUCAAGGAUUUCCACCGCAAUCCCAUGCCCCAAGUCUACUGAGCUGGUUUCUAUUUUAAUAGUCCUUAAGAAAGUACCGUCGCAAUAAUAGAAUAAUUGAGAAUACUAGACGCUACAAAGCGCCAUCUCAAUUAGGGCGUCUGAUGGAUUCGAUUUAGAAUUAAAAACUUGUGAUAUUAUAGUGUUUAAAAAAUGAUAAUCUGAGAUGUAUUUUUUACAUUUUACAUCUGUACAUGAGACAAUGUUGGAUACAUUUUCAUAUCAAGUAAUAUCAAAUAACCAAUCAAAGUUUGCAAAGCAAUUUUAAUACAAAUUUUAAUAGUUACAAUUCAAUAAAGUAUCCAAGAUUGUCUUAAGUAACAUAAUUCAGAAAAAAAAACUGUUACAAGUAGUUUUUUUUAAUUACAAUGACACCUUCCUAUCAUUAAAUUGUGUGAAUUUUCUGAUUGUAAGGUAAAGCGCUAAUAGUCAAAUUUUAAAUGUUGAAGUUAGAUUACUGUAGUUAAACACUUAUUAAACUAGCAACACAAAAUAUUUGACAUGAAGAAUUACAUUGAAUUUUAAUAAAAAAAUAAAUACC